AUGGAGUUUGGAACGUCAGGAAUGUUGAAUGAAGAUGGUAUCCAUGUUGAUAUGGACCGCCUCAAGAAGGGCGAAGUCAACUUAGGAACCUCAAUCAUGGCGAUCAACUUCAAAGACGGUGUUAUUUUAGGCGCCGAUUCUAGAACCACCACCGGAGCAUACAUUGCCAACCGUGUCACCGACAAGCUCACUCAAGUCCACGACACCAUCUGGUGCUGUCGAUCCGGCUCUGCGGCAGACACACAGGCGGUUGCAGAUAUUGUUCAUUACCAGCUGGGAAUGUAUGCCACAGCCAACAACCGACCACCCACGACCCAGACAGCGGCGGCGAUGUUUCAGGAGUUGUGCUACGAGAACAAGGAUAGAUUGAGUGCUGGGUUGAUCAUUGCAGGUUGGGAUGAGCGACACGGAGGACAGGUCUACUCGAUACCCCUGGGGGGAUCAUUACACAAGCAAUCAUACGCCAUCGGCGGAUCAGGCUCAACAUACAUCUACGGAUACUGCGACUCCAACUGGAGAGAGGGAAUGGAUGAAGAAGCGGCCGUCAAAUUCGUCAAGGGCGCAUUACGAGAGGCUAUCAAGUGGGAUGGCAGCUCGGGAGGAGUGAUUCGUAUGGUGGUUUUGACUCAGAAGGGGGCAAAUAGGCACUUGUAUCUGCCAGAUACGGAUUACGCUGUCCGUCACCAAUAG